UCUCAGUUGUUUCCAUUCGACACACCCAAAAUUUUUCUUGUCUCUUGACACAUGGUUUAAGAAGUUGAUAUACUGCUUCCUACUUUUAGCUAGAGUACUUUGAACCUCUCGAAAAUAAUAAUGACUCAGAAGUGUUACAACUAUUACUUCUUUAUAGUAGCAAUAUAGUUUCUGAGAGAAUACAACACAACAAAAAUAUUCUUUUUUUAUGUCAGGGAUUUUAUGUGAUUGGACCUUUUUAUUUUUCUAACUUCAUAUUCACUCAGAAGACACCAUCAGAAGGCUUGCAGUGGCAAACAAAAAAAUGUGUAAAAUAUGCUUAAAAUUUAGUAAGUGGUCCAAGUUUAAAAUAAUUGUUUACAGCACUUACUUUUUCUCUCUAAAACCACGUCCCACUUAAUUUCGUUAGAUGCUCUAUUGUCACGAUUUACAUGUCCCUGGUUCAAAAGCACUUGCUAAAGUGUUGAAAAAGAUUGAUUUGGCAACCACGCUCCGUUUCAUUCGUUUACAUUUCACCUACGUUCUCUGAUAAAACUAAAUACAUUUCUUUGAAAAUUAUAUCCAAGUAAAUAAUAUAUGCAUCUCUUUGUUGCAUCGCUCAAUAAUUAUCUAUUAUUCUUUUAAAAUUGAAAUUUGCGUGUUCUCAGCCGAUGUUCUCUUUGAUUAAAAAUUCAUUCAACUUAUUUUAUUUAUGAAAAAAUGCACUUACAGAGGGGAAACGAUACCUAUUAAUAUAGAACUUACAAUUAAUCGCCACACAGUUUUGCAGAGCACUGUGACAGUAGAUUAAUCGAGCUCUUUGUGUAACGAUGGAAAAUCCAAACCGGCAAAGUUUUAUCUACAAUUUAAAACUGAUGAAAAUUUUUAGAUGGUAUCCUCCAACUCAGUCGACGUUUGAGCGACUGCAAGGUUACGUUUUAUAUAUUAUUUUUCUCGUUCUUGGGGUGUCGUUGGUGGGUGUAGAAAUGUUAAUGCGAAGAGGAUACGACAUGAUGCAAGCUAUCUUUUUAUGCGAAGGGACUUUCUUCGGGUUGAAGUUUUUGCCUAUGUUUAGAAAAGGAGAGCAAAUAAAACGCUGCAUCAGUUACUUUGAUGGUGUGGAAUUUGGACCACGAGAUAAAACAGAGCAACGAAUUCUCAGCAACAGUGUGGUCCUUUGCCAAAUAAUAGCGAAAAUUUACAUUAUUAGUAUGGCGUGUUGUCAAGUGUUGUAUUUAUUGCCGUCAUUGUUCUUGAGUGGAUAUGACUUGCCGUUACGGAUGUGGCUACCCUAUUCUACCACUUCGAGUUUAGUAAAUUAUUACACUGCAUAUGCUUACAUCUGGGCUGUUAUUUCCUACUGUGCUUUCACUAACGCAUCACUUGAUCCAUUGAUAGGAGGACUUAUAUUUCAAGCUGUGAGUCAGUUGAAAAUUUUGAAACACAGAAUACAGAAUCCUGAAAACUUCGACCAAUAUACGUUCAGUGCGACGUUGCUUGAAAAUUAUAUUUACCAAAAGGUAGUGGAAUGUAUAAAGCAUCACACUGAAAUACUAAAUUUUAUCAACGAAUUCGAUCAAUGUUUAUCUUGGUGUGUGUUCAAUCAAUUUCUUGGAACAACAGCUUUACUAUGUUUCCUCAUCACUGCAGUUCUUACGGUUCCCCUUGCAAGCAUAGAUGGAAUGACAUACAUUGUAUACUUUUUCGUCAUACUCUCCCAAAUACUAUUUUACUGCUAUUUUGGAACACUUUUGUUUGAAGAGAGCGAUAUGCUUGUCACAGCUACUUAUUCAAGUCAUUGGUACGAAUACACUCUGGAAACACAAAAACUGUAUCUUACUUUAAUGGAGCGAUCUAAGAGACCUACAAUGCUUUCAGCUGGAGGAUUAUUGGAUUUAACACUAAAUACUUUUACUUCGAACGACUCUUUAGCAGCUGCGGUAUAUAUGACUGAAUGGUACAAAUACGAUGUCAAAAAUCAAAAAGCGCUGUUAACCGUUAUGGAAAGGUCAAAACGGCCGGUUGUAGUUACGGUUGGAAAAUUUGUUGACUUGUCUUUAAUAACAUUUACAACAAUUUUGAGGAGGUCCUACUCUCUGUUGGCAGUGUUAAAAAAUUAUCAGUAAUUGAAAAAUUUCCAGUGAAAUCCAAGU